CGCCAUUUAAAAGAUCCCGCCUCCCCUGCCGCGUUCUUUUUUAACCCCCUCUCCUCGUCGCUUCUCACCGCGCCCACCACUGGACGGCGACCAGAUCGGCCGGAGGGGAAGAAAAAUUAUCUGGGCUAAACAACUCGGGCGGGGCUGAGGCGUCGCCAGUUGCGCCAUUCUUUCGGCCCCGUUUCCUCGCGUGCACAUGGCCCCGCCCCCGCGGGCGCCAUUCCUUGCACCCGCUGCCGCCCCCGUGCAUUUUAUAACUAUUCCCGUCACAUGGCCGCUGCGCCUUGCCCGCCCCGUUCGCUCGCUGCCAUUAGAUCCUCCUCCUCCUCCCCCUCGCCUCCCUCUGCCCUGCGUCGCACCGCAUUGACCCCCCCCCCCCUGCCUCCCCCUUGCUGCUCACGUCCUGCUCCGCUUGCUCUCGCCGUCCCGUCCAGUGGCGUCGCGUGUGGCCGUGGAGAGUUGCCGCCGGGGAGGAAGGGUGUCUCGUCAGAGCUCGCUUUGCUGUUCUUUUGAGAUAAGAAGCAGUUUCUGGCUCUAUCUCAAUUAGUUGGCAUUUGGCAAAAGCGUUACAGUACUAAUUGUGCCAUCCUCAGAGCACCAGGAACAUUGAAAUUUCAACUGAGAAUUGGUUUUUAUCAGCUAUAUUCUGCAACAACGUCUGUUGGGUGCUACAAUCAGCUAAUGUUUGACUAAAAUUUCGAUGUGACCGGGUAACACUAGUGCUGGUUAAUCGAGAAAGAUGGGGGACGAAUACCUGGCUGAGCCUGAGGAUGAGGUUGCACCAUCGAUGUGGCCUGAGAACAUAGGAGAUAAACACCAGAAGCAGUUCAGAAUGGAGACCUUUCGGAAGGAUCUGGAUGCUCUCAAGGAUGUUAAAUUUGAUGAGAAGCCUGUUCAUGUGGAUUUCCAACGGCUUAUGGAAAUGGCAGAUUCUGGAAAAAGUGUUUCUCAAAUGCAAUACUUUGUGAAGCACUGGGAAUAUAAGAGGGCCAAUGCUGCUCGGCUUCUUGAGGAAGAGCUUGGUCUUCUUUGCCAACAGAGGAAAGAGAUUGAACAAAAAAAGCAACAAAUUUUGGAGGAGCAACGAAUUCAGGAUGAAAGUUAUUAUGCUGCAAAGCGGCAAGUACCAAUACUGGAUGAAGUCUACAACGAUGAAUGGAAGCGUCCGAGCAAAAAGAGUGAUGACCUUUCUCGUAAUAAAGAGCUUAAAAUAGAUGCAGAAUAUGACAGUAUUUCCUAUUGGAAAGAGAGGGCGAUGCAGUUAGAAAAAACACUCGAGGCAAGCCUUGAAAGGGAACGCUCGUUGGUUUCAAACUUGGAGGAAAGUAUAAAGAAUCUACAGUCACACACACCUGUGGAGGAAUUCUCUGGAAUGUUAAAACGUGCUGAUUACUUCUUGCACUUGGUUCUUCAAAGUGCUCCUAUUGUUAUUGCUCAUCAGGAUGCUGAUUUACGGUACCGUUUCAUAUUCAAUCACUUCCCCACACUUGCUGAUGAGGAUGUUAUCGGCAAGACAGACUAUGAGAUAUUGUCAGGUGAGGGUAUAGAAGAGAUGAAUAAUGUCAAGCGAGAGGUUAUGGCCAAGCGUAUGCCGACUAAGAGAGAGUUUGUAUUUAAUACACCAUUGUUUGGAGAGAAGACAUUUGUAACAUACAUUGAGCCAGUUUUCAGCAAAGCCGGGGAAACAAUUGGUGUGAAUUAUGUUGCAAUGGACAUAACGGAUCAGAUCAAAAGAAGAGAGAAAAUGGCAGACAUAAGGGUGAGAGAAGCUGUCCAGAAAGCCAAGGAAACGGAACUUAGCAGAUCUAUUCACAUAACAGAGGAAACAAUGCGGGCAAAACAAAUGCUAGCCACCAUGUCCCAUGAGAUCAGAUCUCCUCUUUCAGGGGUUCUUAGCAUGGCCGAAAUUCUUGCAACCACCAAACUUGAUAAAGAACAAUAUCAGUUGCUAGAAGUUAUGUUAUCCUCUGGAGAUCUUGUACUGCAACUGAUUAAUGACAUCCUUGAUCUUUCCAAAGUUGAAUCAGGAGCCAUGAAACUAGAAUCUACGACAUUUAGACCAAGGGAAGUAGUUAAACAUGUACUACAAACUGCGGCAGCAUCUCUGAAGAAGGAAUUGACCCUUGAAGGGUGCAUAGGUGAUGAUGUUCCAUUGGAGGUCAUUGGUGAUGUGCUAAGGAUUCGGCAAAUCCUGACCAAUUUGAUCAGCAAUGCAGUGAAGUUUACACAUGAAGGGAAGGUUGGGAUAAAUCUUCAGGUUGUAUAUGAACACGAGCAACUUCAUAAGAGAGUCCAUUCUGGAAACCCAAUUACUACUGCCCCAGAUAAUUCUGCUGCCAUUCCGAGAAACAAUGAUAAAGAUAUUUCGCGAUGCUCCAAACGUGAAGAUGCUUUUCAGAAUGGCAUUCCAUCAAGUGAAAACUUAGGGGAGCAUCAUGAGGGAGAGGAAGUUGUUUGGCUUCGCUGUGACGUAUAUGACACUGGAAUAGGAAUACCAGAGAAGUCCUUACCGUUGUUGUUCAAGAGGUAUAUGCAAGCCAGUGCUGAUCAUGCAAGAAAAUAUGGUGGGACAGGACUUGGCCUUGCAAUUUGCAAGCAGUUGGUGGAAUUGAUGGGUGGCACUCUAACUGUAGUCAGCAAAGAGAACGAAGGAUCAACAUUUACAUUUGUGCUGCCUUGCAAAAUUCCUGUAAAAGAGGAACACAGUGAUGAUCCAGAUGAAGUGCACAGUUGUAGUUAUAAUGAUCUAGAAGGUUCUUUCCUUUUCAAGCCACACAUGCGAACUUCUCUUCUGUCUUCUGGAGUUUCAACAAUGAACAACACAAAGCUUUUUGGUGGCAAGCUUAUGUGCUGUGAUCCACCUAACAUAUUAAAUGAUCGUAAAGUAUUCUCAAAUGGUUUCACAUCAACGGAACAGAAUUUUGCAAAUUGUGCCCCUUCUGCUCGGCAAUCAAAUGUUCCCAGUGUUAGUGUUAGAAGCACAGCUGAAGAACAACAUGAUAGUGAAAUGGUCUUUGAACUGAAUAGUCAAGCUGAACGGAUUUCCAGUUCCUGUGGAGACUCAGUAUCAGUUUCAGGUGCUAGCUUUCAGGAGGAAACAGGGCCAUGCCAAGUUCUUGAAAAACAGUCGCUCCACAAGAAGUCCAAGUGUUCUCCAAGUGGCAACAAGGCAAAGAUCCUCCUAGUUGAAGAUAACAAGGUCAACAUAAUAGUGGCAAAAUCAAUGCUGGAGCAGUUGGGCCAUGGAAUAGAUAUCGUAAAUAACGGAAUGGAAGCAAUCCGUGCAUUACAGAAGCAUCAAUAUGAUCUCAUCUUGAUGGAUGUUCACAUGCCAGAAAUGGAUGGCCUACAAGCCACUAGAUAUAUCCGCUCUUUCGAGAGUACCGGCUGUUGGGAUCCUUCUGUAAAGCCUGAAGACAAUCAGAUGAUAGCUGACUCAGUUAUUUUAUCUGACUGUGCACAUGCAAAAGGGAAAGGGCAGAGGGUUCCUAUAAUCGCGAUGACUGCGAAUUCUUUCACAGAGAGUGCCAAUGAGUGCCUUGCUGCAGGAAUGGAUUCCUACAUAUCUAAGCCAGUGAACUUUCAGAAUAUAAAAGAAUGCCUGCGGUAUUUGCCAUCUCAAUGACUAACCAAUUAUUGUAAAGUAGAAAGGUAACUUGUAGCUUAGGAAAGUUUUGUGAAAUCAUCUGUCAUUUUCUUGUAAAUCAAUGCAUAAUAAAUAUAGUGUA